UAUUAGGAAUUUGGCAGCACUCUCGCAAAUUAAAAAGUUUCGUACCAUGUAGUCUGCGGUAUAUUAUUAAAUCAAAACAUUGGAGCUGUUGCUGAUAUUUGUUUGGAGUUAUAGUUUAUUACGAUAUUUUGCGGUGUGGAAAAAUAAAUUGUAAUAAUAUAAAAGACAUGAGACUGACCAUUAAAAGUUUGUGAAGUGAAAGCAUAUUGAAAUCGUAAAGUUCAAUUUUUUCUAAUAAACAGUACAUAUUUUGCAUGUAUAAUUGUGAUGAUGCCUUAUUUGAGAUAACAACUGCCGAGAUGCAUGCCCGGCUUGAUGGGACAAGUGUCACAAUAAUAAGUUGUUUGGUGUCUUCUACCGGGCUGUUAGAAUGCUAUGCAGUUUUCCAUUUAUGCGGAUGUUAUCGGAUUCGGCGGUUUUUGAAGUCGAGGGAAAUCUGGAAAUCUCCAGUUAAUUGCUUGACUAAUGUCUUGAAAUAUCAUUUCUUAAAUAAACAUCUUAACCAAACGAAAUGCGAAAAGAAUACAACUAAAACGAACAGUAUGAAUGAAAAAAGUAAUAUUAAUCCAGAUAUGGACAAAUCGACAUCUGCUAUGAAUGUAUAUCCAACACAGCCUUUAAACCAUGUUACAUCGAAACUUGAUUGUCUUGAAAUGCACUCCAUGUAUCCAAAUGUGCCGUAUGUAAAUCCAUACUGUAGUCCUCGAACUAAUCGUCGAAGGCCUCCGUUAAGAGAAUCUCGUCGUGUUUCAACGGAACAAUCUGGAAGUUUUUUACAAUUAAAUCAAUACAAACUUAUGGACCAAAUUGGUCAGGGUUCAUAUGGGCUAGUUAAACUGGCUUACUCUGAAGAGGACUCAACCCAUUACGCAAUGAAAAUUCUCUCGAAACGUCGAUUAAUAAGACAAGCCGGAUUGGCAAAGCGUGGCCUAAUUAAACCAAUUUCACCAUUAGAGAGAGUUUAUAGAGAAAUUGCCGUGCUAAAGAAAUUAGAUCAUCCAAACGUUGUAAAGUUGUUCGAAGUGUUAGAUGAUCCAUUGGAAGACUCCUUAUAUAUGGUUUUUGAACUAGUAAAACAGGGAUGUGUUCUGACCAUCCCAACAGAUUCGCCGUUAGCUGAGGAUAAAGCUUGGAGUAUUUUUCGUGACACAGUACUUGGUUUGGAAUAUUUACACUAUCAACACAUUAUCCAUGGUGAUUUGAAACCCGAAAAUCUGUUGCUCACUGAAUGCGGGCACAUUAAAAUUGCCGAUUUAGGGGUUUGUAACGAAUUUUUCGGUGAAGAUGCAAUGAUAAGUAGCGGGAGUACGGCAGGCACUCCAGCAUUUAGAGCACCAGAAUCACUAAAACUCGGUCGACAUUUAUUUUGUGGGAAAGCUGCCGACAUUUGGUCGUUGGGUGUAACCCUUUACGCUCUGGUUUAUGGAAACGUACCAUUUAUUGCAAAUUCUAUUCCAAUUUUAUAUGAAAAAAUUAAAUUAGACCCUCUUGUGCUCUUAGAAGAGCCAAAAAUUAGUGAACAACUUCAGGACUGCAUUCGUAGAAUGUUAGCAAAAAAUCCUGACUCCAGAAUUUCUUUACAGCAAUUAAAAGAACAUACUUGGAUAACUAAAGGUGGUUUGCAUCCAUUAGCAAAUGUGAGUGAGAACUGUGACUUGGUCAAGGUUAGUGAAGAAGACAUCAGUACAGUUGUGCAAAGUAUUCCAAAACUAGACACACUGAUUUUAAUUAAAACAAUGCUCAAAAAUCACUCCUUUGGAAACCCGUAUGUUAGCGAAAUUUUGCAUGAGUCGCAUCCACGUGAUAUAACUCGUUAUGAACAAUUUGUUCGAGCUGGGCGCUCUAAUUCUGCUCCUGGGUCAUACACACAACAGCGAUGGUUUAUACUGGAACAUUUCAGAUAUAUACUUCUCCAAGUUCUAUUACCUCAGCUACCACUACAGCAUUCUCUAAAAUUAAUUGUGGGAUAUUAUAUGGACAACAAUAACGGGUAGAAUAUUCCGAUGUUUCAUCAAUUUGACAUGGAUGAUAAUGAUAAACUACCAUCACUUACGGAACCAGAAUUUGAAAAUCGUAUACAUUAAUGACAACUCUAAUUAUUAGAUUUGCACAUAUAAAAAAUUGUGUUGUACACAUUUAGAACUUCUUGAUCCAAACUUAAACACUAAACACAUUAACAAUGCAAAUGUAAGAAAGUAGCUUAUUGUGAUUUUUUACAAUAAAUUAUUAUUAUUCCAUAAUUAAUUUUUUAAGUCUAAUAAAAAUUUAGGUCAAUUUGUAAUUAGUGCGGUACACCAGAUAUUUUUCAGAUACUUUUAUGGAGUAAGUAAUUUUGCUAAAUUCUACUUGCUGUGCUUGAUUAUCAGAUAAUUAUCUUAUGAGCUCUUCGUACAUAAUAUCAAUUUCUGAGAAUUCAUCGAAUUGAAAUUUCUUAAGAAUAUUGUAUGUACGAUAUAACAAUGAAUAAAUACGGGUUUUUCCAUAGAAAGAUCUACCGGGAGCAAUAAUUAAACUAGUGAUAAACAAAUAAUUUUUUCUGAUAUUAUAUAAAAAAUAUAUAUAUUUUUAUAAUAUAAUAUGAUUUGCAACUUA